AUGAAAUCUCACAUAUACUCGCUACUUGCACUAUUUAUCGUUAUUGCUGAUGUAUUUGCAAAGGAUGUGAGGAAAUUAUGUACCAAUACAUUGGGUAGCAGAAGCUGUGGCCAAUGUAUUAAACAGCAUCCAGAUUGUGCAUGGUGUCUUGAUCCGCAUUUGGUAGGUCCAUCACGAUGUGAUUUAAAAUCUGAAUUUCAAGGCAAAUGCGCUCCAUCGCUUAUCUAUUCACCGACUACAGAAGUUCGAAUUGUACCGCAAAAUAAUUUGCCAUUAGGAAGUAAACAGGCAGAUGGUGUAACGAUUGUACAACUCGAACCACAACAAGUUGUUUUGAGAAUGAAACCUGGUGAUAUAAUGGAAGUACCAUUCAAAUACCUGCACAGGCCACAGCAAUCAAGUCAGCGUGAUUUCGUUAUACAAACCAGCGAGUUUCGAUCAUUGGGUGUUGGUAUCGACUUUUCCAUUCUUUGCGGAGGCAAGCGAGUGCAAGGGCGGCAAUGUCCAAAUGUUGCGAUAGGUGAUCAAAUUGAAUUUUUCGCGAAAGUAUCCUUGAACGAGUGCAAAUCAGGAGGCGAUAUUGCGGUUUCUAUUGGCGCAUAUGGUUAUCAAACCGUUUCUGCUAUGUAUAUCACACCAUCAUGUGGUUGUGAAUGUGAAAAAGUGCAGAAUCAGGAAAAGCUAUCACCAUUAUGUUAUGGCGCAGGUGAUUUAAUUUGUGGUGUAUGUGAAUGUCAACCAGGUAAAGGUGGAAAUCACUGUGAAUGUGACUUAAAGCAGCACGGCGCCUUAUCAGCUCAGGAAUUGGAAAAUAGAUGUAGAAAAACUCCGAAAGAUUUAGUUUGUAGCGGUAAUGGUCAGUGCAAAUGCGGUAGCUGUGUUUGCAACGUCGAACACGUUCGUGGAGAUUAUUGCGAAUGUGAAAAUAUGUCAUGUCCAACUUCUAAUGACAGAAUGUGUGCAGGCCAAGGUGAAUGCAAAUGUGGCAAAUGUCAUUGUGAAGAAGGUUAUACAGGUGAUGAUUGCUCGUGCACUCUCGAUACUUCUUCAUGUCUAGAAGGCGGAAAAAUUUGCAGUGGACAAGGUAGCUGUGAAUGUGGAAAAUGCGUUUGUUAUGAAGGUUUCACAGGGUUAACUUGUGGAGUAGUGGCUGAAAAUGAGGCAUUAGAUGAUGAAAUGCCUGAAUCGUCUGAUGGUGAGAUGGAUGGAUCCUCAAAAGAUGAUGUAAGCAAAGUCGGAUAUGAUCAAUUUCAAGAAGAGAAUUUAGAUGAGGUAACUGAAAAUAAGGCGAAGGAGGGCGAAGAAUAUGCUGAAGCAACAGAAGGAUAUGAAAUGGAUGGUCAAGAAGGUAUGAAAGCUGGUGAAAUAUUGCCAUCAGUGGAUGAUGAUACUGGUAGUACAUCAGCUGAAUUAACUGAGACAAGAGCUGAAGCUGGUGACAGCGGUAAUGAUGGUGAUAUAACACAUGAAGGACAAACUGCUGGUUGCUUACGGAUAGAAAUUCAUUCAUUCAUUUUAUUAAUAUCAUUAAUGAUGCUUUUUUGGCCUUAA